AUGCUCCAUGGGUUGUUUGUGGUUCUGCAUGCGUUGGGGACUGUUCUUUGUGUGCUGAGGAUAUCUCUGUGGUGUCUGAUUCUCUCUUGCUUCCUCAGGGCUGUGUGCAAGAAGUUUGGGCUGCAUGUGAGUCGGCUGAUGUUGGCCUUCUUAGUGCUCAGCACGGGGAUGUUUUGUGCAUCUGCAGCUUUCCUCCCGAGCAGUUUCUGCAUGUACACCACAGUGAUUGCCAUGACUGGUUGGUACAUGGACAAGACCUCUGUGGCAGUGCUGGGGGUGGCUGCUGGAGCUCUUCUGGGCUGGCCCUUCAGUGCAGCUCUGGGGCUUCCUAUUGCCUUUGAUUUGUUGAUACUGAAGCAGAGGUGGAAGAGUUUCCUGAACUGGUGUUUAGUGUCCUUGAUCCUGUUUUUGGUGCCCUUGGUAGUUGUGGACAGCUAUUACUAUGGGAAGCUGGUGGUUGCACCUCUCAACAUUGUGUUAUACAAUGUCUUCACCCCUCACGGACCUGACCUCUAUGGUACAGAGCCCUGGACCUUCUAUUUCAUCAAUGGCUUUCUGAAUUUCAAUGUGGCAUUUAUUCUGGCUCUGCUUGUGCUGCCCCUGACUUACCUCAUGGAGUGUCUGCUGCAGAAAUUUCAUGUCCAGAACCUGGGCCGGCCCUACUGGCUCACACUGGCUCCUAUGUACAUUUGGAUCAUGAUUUUCUUCACUCAACCUCACAAAGAAGAGAGGUUCCUCUUUCCCAUCUAUCCCCUCAUCUGCCUCUGCAGUGCUGUGGCUCUCUCUGCUCUCCAGAAAUGUUACCACUUCGUCUUCCAGCGCUACCGCCUGGAGCACUACACUGUGUCCUCCAACUGGUUGGCUCUGGGCACUGUCUUCCUCUUCGGCCUUUUGUCACUCUCACGCUCUGUUGCCUUAUUCAGAGGCUACCACGGGCCCCUGGACCUGUACCCAGAGUUCCACAGGAUUGCCACUGACCCCAGUAUCCACACGGUGCCCGAGGGGAGGCCGGUGAAUGUCUGCGUGGGGAAGGAGUGGCACAGGUUUCCAAGCAGCUUUCUCCUACCAGAGAAUUGGCAGCUCCAGUUCAUCCUGUCGGAAUUCCGGGGGCAGUUACCAAAGCCAUUUGCCAAGGGACCAAUGGCCACACGGAUCAUUCCCUCUGACAUGAAUGACCAGAACAAGGAGGAGCCAUCUCGAUAUAUUGACAUUUCCAAGUGCCACUAUCUGGUGGACUUGGAUACAGCCACUGAGACCCCGAGGGAGCCAAGGUACUCAUCCAACAAAGAAGAGUGGGUGACCAUUGCCUACAAGCCAUUCCUAGAUGCUUCCAGGUCCUCGAGGCUGCUGCGUGCGUUCUACGUCCCCGUGCUCUCUGAGCAGUACACCUCCUAUGCCAACUACACCAUCCUCAAAGCCAGGAGGCCGAAGCAAAGCAGGAAAAAACUGGGAGGGUAG